AUGAUUAAUGGAGGUGCAAAAACUUUCAGUGUUAAAUUAAUAAAAAAAGAUAAAAAUGACGAAAAUGUCCCAAAAGGAUCAAAGGAUAUCCCAGGACCCAUGCACCUGCCUUUGUUCGGAACGAAAUGGAUUUAUUUGUGGAAAUACGAUUUGUCUAAAAUGCACGAGGCUUACGAAGAUAUGCACCAGAAAUUCGGUCCCAUAAUCCUCGACUCCCGAGCCCCUCCGGUACCAGUGGUGUCCCUAACAGGAACCCACCCCCGAGACUUGCUAAGGGUGCUCCGCUACCCGUCACGUUUUCCCACUAGGCCUCCGACAGAAAUCGUCGCCAAAUACAGGAGAAGUAGGCCCGACAGAUAUGCCAGUUCGGGGAUAGUGAACGAGCAGGGUCCCUCUUGGCAUAAAUUGAGGACGAGCCUGACGCCCGAGUUGACCAGCCCCAGGACGAUUUCGGGGUUCCUUCCGACUCUUAACGACAUUUGCCGAGACUUCGUCAGCCUUUUGAGGCUGGUACGGAACCCUGACACCGGAGUCGUGGAAGGAUUUGAGACUUAUGCAGAUAGACUAGGAUUAGAAGCAUCCUGUGCCCUAAUGCUAGGUCGCCGAAUGGGUUUCCUAGAAACAAAAUUGUCCCUACAAGCCGAACUCUUAUCAAAAUCAGUCCGAGAUGCGUUCGUGGCCCAAAGGGACUCCUAUUUUGGUGCCAGAGGUGGCAAAGUAGGCUUCCUCAGAAAAUGUUUGUUCGGAACCGGUGAGGCAAAUCAAAGAGAUGCCUAUCAGAGACUCCAACGAAGCGAAGAGAUCAUUUACAAUAUAGUUUCACAAAUGGUAGACGAAGCUUUGGAAUUGAGGAGCAAACCAAACGACAGCUACAAACCUCGAGCAACUAAUGCAGUCUUCGAAUCGAUACUUGCAAACCAGGAUUUAGACCUUCGAGAUAAAAAAUCUGCCAUUAUAGAUUUUAUAUCAGCAGGGAUCGAAACAUUAGCGAAUACCUUAACCUUUGUCCUAUACAACUUAUCAAGACACAAAACAUGCCAAAUUAAAGUCUUGGAAGAAAUUAACAAUAUAAAAAAUGACACAUUUGAUUCAAGCGAAGAACUUUCAUCAAAAGACUUAUCGUCAAUGAGUUACACAAAAGCCUGCAUCACAGAAACAUAUAGGUUGACUCCGACAGCAUUCUGUUUAGCUCGUGUUUUAGAAACUGAUAUGAAUAUUUGUGGCUACACUUUACCCACAGGGACUGUUGUUCUUUGCCAAACGAUGUUGGCAUGUCGAGAUGAGAAAAACUUCAUCAAUGCCAAAAAAUUUGUUCCAGAACGAUGGUUAACUGAGAGGAGAAAGUUAGCUAGAAGUCUUGUAGUGCCUUUUGGUGUUGGCCGAAGGAUGUGUCCAGGAAAACGAUUUGUAGAUCAGGAAUUACUGACUGUAGUUGCUACGUUGGUCAGUUCCUUCGAGAUAGAAUUUGAAGAAGACCUCGACAUGAAAUUUGAGUUUUUGUUAGGACCACAAGCACCCGUCAACAUUACAUUAAGAGAUAGACAAGAAUAA